CCAUUGAAGAGACAAAAAAUCGAGUGUUUAAGCGAAAAAUAUCUGAAAUCUUGACUUUUAAUUGGAAUAAAAGCUUCCAAAUAGCAAUUCACGAUGCCACGAACCAAAGUUAGUCGAAAGGGAAUGGCGAAACGCAAUCGCAUGAGCACAGCAGAGGAAAAAUUGGAAGCCAAGCUUCGGGAAUAUGAUGAGCUUGUUGAUGCCUUUUUGAACGAUUGCGAGUCGGAAUACUUGACAGCUUUGAGCGAAAUUGAGACAAUUAUGAUGGGUUUGCGCACAAAAACGCCUCAAAACAUCCUUCAAAUGAAAUUGGGAGAAUUGCGGGAAGCUGAGGCACGAACUUUUGCCGACCUGAACAAAACAGGACUUAAUAAAACGGGUGCAAAUGGAAGUUCGGGGUCGACUUUGGCAUCUUUGAGUGUAAUUGUCGAAGAAAUGCGCAAAAGUAAACGUGCCGGAGGAAGAAGUCAUGAUGAAGGAUACCUUACAGAGGAUGGCACAAACAGCAAUCGUUCGAGUGCAGAUCCAGCGGCGAUUGUUCCGGGAAGUGCUGUUGCUGCGGGACGCCCCAUGGGACCUUUAGCAUCGGCUGUGGCAAAAGCUCGACGAGCAAGUCGUUCGGCUGAUCCUCCCGUGGCACGUACUCCAAUGAUCGGAAAUCAUGGAAAUUCAAUGAUGGGCAAUUCCAUGCUGAUGAGCAAUAAGGCAAAACAACGCGCGACUCCCUUGAAACAAACACAAUCGCAACACAUGUCACGAAGCAAAUAUCGCACUCCGCUACAACCAAGACCCCAAACUGUCAGUGUCGAUCGCAUGAUUGGUCUCAUCACGCCAAAAGUACAACCAAAUAUGCCAUUAGCGAUUCUCCGAAGACCUAAAAUGGGAGAACCCGUGUUCUCAGUUACCGGAAGUCCCGUAAUUUCUUCUUCAGCUUCUGAGGAAAUUGCCAACGUGAAUAUCCCCGUGCCAGAUGGAGUUUUGUCGAUUCGACCAACAGAAAUGAAUUCUGUCGAUCCGAAACUCAUCAAGAAACUCGACGAAAAUACGCUCGAACACAUUAAAAUAUUGCAACAAAACCUCAAUAUGAUCAUGGAUUAUGCCGAACGCAACCAAUUCGGAAAGAAAUAAUUUUACGCUUACUUUAUUUUAUAAUUUAAUUUUUUUUUCUUACUCCUACAUACGUUAGAAUUGAUUCUACCAAAAUUUGACUCACUCUUUUUGUCUCCGGUCAAUGGACAAGACUUAGUUAUAGUACAUCAGUUUGUAUUUUUUACCUACUCGUAUUAGUUAUAUUUAAAAAUAAAAUGUAGUUCAGACAUUUUGAUGAC